AUGGCGAGGACCUUGUACCACCUCGCAAAUCAUUAUACAAGUCCUCCAGAAGGUUGCCUCGACUUAGGACCAUUGGUCACCAGCUUCCGCUUCUUCAGGGUCCUCGGAACAGUCUCUUUCGCUUUCCUCUCUCCACCUUACUCAAGGCGCUUCAAUUUGCAACUACGCCUGUGCUCGCAUUUCUAA